AUGGCUGAAGUCGCAGCCGGUUUGGUGGUCGCUGAGGAGAUUGUGUCUACCAGCCUUCAGGCCGGGGCAGCCACCUAUGCCGUUGCAAAGCCUACCAUGCCUCUGAAGGCCACAUUCUCGCAGAUUGGAUCUACCGACGACGAUGCCUCAAGAUCGUCACUUGCCCGUUCCCACCACACCGUUACCAUCGUCGACAAGAAAGCAUACAUCUUUGGUGGCCAGACGAGCCCUGAUACACUUGCCACCAACAACAUACACGCCGUGGCUUUACCUAUCAAAGGCGCCGCAGCCACGACCGAGUAUCAGGUCUUGCCCGCCAUUGCUGCCGAAAAGGACACUGGCGCAGUUCCAGAGGCACGUUCCAAACACGCAGCUUGCGCGCUUGGCACCCGCGUCGCUGUCUACGGUGGCUGCGACGAAGCCGGCAAAGUCAUCGACGAAGGCUCCAAGGUCUGGCUCUACGACACCGAGAAGUUGGCCUGGGAGAGUCUGAAAGCGGACAGCCACCCAGAGAGAGUACCUUCGGCUCGAGCUCAGGCAAGUCUGCUCGCCCACGACGGCAACCUCGUCCUGUACGGUGGCGUAGACUCCAACGGCUCGGCCUUGACCGACGUCUGGCAUUUUGACUGUUUGACCAAAGUCUGGAAUCAGCUACCGCAUGCGCCCGCCGCCACCACAAGCGCUGCCAUUGCCCAAGACACCCUAUAUCUUGUGGCCGGUACAGAUAAUCUCAGUAGUGAAGUGCAUCAUCUCGAUAUCAAGCUGUUUGCCGAGCAGCCACCGACAUGGGGCUCCACUUCGUUCCCGACGAAUCCCUUGGCCCCGGGCCCCAAGGCACGCGAUAACGGUGGGGUGGUACCAGUGUCCACGGGCUUCGGUCGGAACUAUCUUCUCUACUUCUUUGGCGAUCGUCAAGGAGAUGCAGCGAACGGUGAUCUCUUGCAGUGGAGCGACCUCUGGACCUUCCAACUCCCCUCCAGCCAGCCGGAAAUGAAGGCGUCCUGGAAUAUGGCCGAGGCCAUCAAGCCAGCCAAGAUCAAGGACCAGAUUCGUACCGCGUUUGGUGCCGACACGGGAGGCUCCAGCUGGGCCGAGGUCGAGGUGCAGGUGCCCGGUGACCUCCAAGCAAGCGAGGGCAAAGCACAUCCCGGGCCUCGCGGCUCUUUCGGCUACGACGUGACAGCCGAUGGCAAGAGUGUGGUGCUAUGGGGUGGUAUCAAUGCCGAGGGAAAGCCCGCGGGUGAUGGCUGGAUCAUUGAAUUGUCUUAG